AUGUCGCUAGUGUUCGGACAAGUUGAACCGGCCGUUUUCCAAGCCUAUGCGUUCUGGGCAGCCGUACUCGGACUAAAGAUGUUGCUCAUGUCGGUGCUGACCGGGCUGCAGCGUGGCUCCAAAAAGGUCUUUUCGAAUCCGGAAGAUGUUAAGCCGGGAGGCAAAGUUGCGUAUGACGAUCCGGAUGUGGAACGUGUUCGACGUGCCCAUCUGAAUGAUAUGGAAAAUAUUUUGCCGUACUUCAUCAUCAGCUUCCUGUACAUGUUCACUAACCCCAGCGUAACCGUCGCCGUCAACUUGUUUCGACUCGUAGCGGCUGUUCGCAUAUGCCACACGGUAUUCCAUGUGUUCGUACCGGUGCAUAAGUUCCGGGGAAUGGCCUGGGCAACCGGGUUCUUCACGACAGCUUUCAUGGGCAUCAUGAUAGUGCUGCACUUUCUCUAG